AUGGCGACAAGUUCCACGUUGUUGACGAAGCUCCAGAAGUGUCAGCGCCGGUUGCUACAAGCUCUGCUGUUUGGCGCGCUCUUGUGGUCACGAGCAGAUCCAGACCGGCGUCGCAAGUAUCUUCCGUGGUUUGCCUGUGGAGCAAGUGGCAUCGUUGGGAUUGUUCUACUGCUCGAGGCUUCUCGCUGCUUCUGCCGGACACCAAUGGAGACUGCCAAACUGCUCGCUCGAACCUGUUGGACGCUGUCCAGUGUAUUGGCACAGUACGUCGCUCGAGGUUUCAAGCCGAAAUUCCCAAAGUGGUCGCUGAGGUUUGAGCUGGUGCGGGGGGCCAUGUGUACGGCGGCGGACAUGUUCGGCGAGCGCAUCGUCGACGACCAACAACCGCCAGUUUUCCGCUGGCACAGCGAAUUGUUCGGGUCUCUUCUCGGCUGGUUUUCACGCCAGCAUCAUGGAUUGAGGCUCGAGCCGGUCGUGAUCAACGGCCUCGAGCAUCUCUGGCUGAAGGCGCCACCGUCGACAGCUGAGUCUCCAAGUCGGAAGCGCUUCGUGGUGCUCUUCUACCACGGAGGGGGCUACGCGGUGCUCAGUCCGAGGAUGUACGUCCCGUUCUGCAGCAACUUACUGGUAGCCAUUAAGCGGGAACUUCAGUCACAGAUGCCUGAAGGGGACUAUGACGUCGAGAUCUUCCUCGCAAACUACCGCAAGGCCCCGGAGCAUCGGUUCCCAGUGCCAGCAGAGGACGCCGUCGCCAUGUACGAGUACUUGCUGCAGCACGAGAAGCUGGAGUCGUCCCAGAUCAUCCUGGUUGGAGACAUUCGCGAUGGCAAGUCGAGCUGGAAGUCGAAGCUACCGCUGCCUCUUGCUGCUGUUGUCGCCUGUCCGCUUGCUGAUCUGACGGAGGAUGAAGAUCGAGUUAAGGGUCAGCACUGCGUGCUCUCCCCCAGCAUCAUCGCAGCCAGCGUUGAGGCAUACCAUCCGACACGCGAAGACCCCAGCACGUGGGCGGAUGCGUCACCAGUGCACUGCAACCUUCGCGGCCUCCCACCCGUCCUCCUGCAGGCAGCCAGCUUGGACUAUUUGUUCGGACGCUCGGAGCGUCUUGCCGCGAAAGCCGAAGCUGACGGCGUCACGAACUGGGAAGUCGACAUCCACGACGGAGUGACGCACGUCUUCAUGGUCUUCCCAGGCUACAUCCUGCCCUACGCGCGCGUAGGCGUCCAGCGGAUGGCGCAGUUCGCAGCCAAACAGUUCCUAAGCGCAGAUGCAAUGACUGAGAACGAACUCAAGGAGAACCACGCCAAAACCUCCGACAAACUUCCAUCGGCAGCGGCCUAA